AGAGUGUUGAAAAAGUGCAAACAAGAUAAUGACAACUAAAUUGCAAGGCGCCCUCAAGAAUGGCCACGAGAUGGCGCCGCUAAACACGAGGGCGCGCGGCGAUGGCACACACGGCGUCACGAUUGUCCUGUCGGCGCCGCCUCGGAGCUCAAUCGGGUCGGCCGAUGGCGGCGCGGCGGACGGCGAUCCCGAUCGGGCCGCGUGGUCGGGCAAGAUGCAGUUCUUCCUCAGCAUCAUCGGCUAUUCCGUCGGCCUGGGCAACAUCUGGCGCUUUCCCUACCUUUGCCAGCAGAACGGAGGAGGCGCGUUCCUCAUUCCAUUCGCCAUCAUGCUGAUCCUGGAGGGGAUUCCCCUCUUCCUCAUCGAGUUGGGCAUCGGCCAGAAGAUGCGCCUGGGAUCGCUGGGCGUGUGGAACACCAUCCAUCCGUGGCUGGGCGGCAUUGGCAUCGCCUCGUGUCUGGUCACGCUGUUCGUGUCGCUGUACUACAACGUCAUCAUCACGUGGUGUUUCUACUAUCUCUUCAAUAGUUUUAGGUAUCCACUGCCUUGGUCCAGCUGUCCUCAGAUAAACGGGACGGACGUGGACGAGUGCGCCCGAUCGUCUGAGACAGCUUACUUCUGGUAUCGCACCACGCUGGACGCUUCGCCGUCCAUUGAGGACUCCGGCGGCCUAAAGUGGUGGAUUGUCCUGUGUCUGCUGCUCGCGUGGGUUAUCGUGUUCUUCAUCGUCAUGAAAGGCAUUCAGAGUUCCGGCAAGGUGGUCUACUUCACUUCGCUCUUCCCCUACCUCGUGCUGACCAUCUUCUUCAUUCGCGGCAUAACGUUGCCGGGCGCGAGUGCGGGUCUGAUGCACAUGUACACGCCGAAGGUGGAGAAGCUCACGGAGCCGACAGUGUGGCUGGACGCGGCGACGCAGGUGUUCUACUCCUUCGGCCUGGCCUUCGGCUCCCUCAUCGCCUUCGGCAGCUACAACACGCCCAAGAACAACUGCGUGCGCGACGUGAUCCUCGUGUCCGUGUGCAACGCCAUCACGGCCAUCUACGCCAGCGUGGUGAUCUUCUCCAUUCUCGGCUUCAAAGCCACUGCCAAUGUUGAGCGAUGCAUUGAAGUCAACAUGAAGAUCCUGCAUGAGCACAAAUUGCUGCCGGACAAGCAUGUCGAGCGGAGUAUCUAUGAUAAGGCGAUGGAGAGCGUCACGGCGAACAUGACGAAGGAAUGGGAACUGGAAGAAUGUAGUUUAGCGACACAAUUGGACAACGCCGCCGAGGGCACCGGUUUGGCCUUCAUAGUCUUCACGCAGGCCAUCGUGGAGUUGCCCGGCGCGCCCUUCUGGUCCGUGAUCUUCUUCAUGAUGCUCCUGUCGCUGGGCCUCGGCUCGCAGAUUGGCAUGCUCGAGGGCAUGUUCUGCACCAUCUUCGACAUUGACAUCUUCAAGAGGAUCCGCAAGCAAUACGUCACAGGGGUAGUUUGUACUCUGUGCUUCUUCAUUGGCUUGAUUUUCUCCACCGGAGCCGGUGAAUACUGGCUGAAGCUCUUUGACUCAUUUGCCGGCACAAUUGGUCUCGUUGUGAUUGCGCUGAUGGAAAUGAUUGCAGUCAUUUACAUUUAUGGCCAUGAAAAAUUCUCUGAGGACAUUUAUCAAAUGACUGGCUAUCGUCCCGGACUGUAUUGGCAGGCGACUUGGCGAUAUAUUGGGCCAACAAUCAUGGUCUGCAUCCUAUCGUCAUCCAUUCUCUUCAUGAUUAUGGACAAUCCAACGUACAAGGCAUGGAGUGCCGAAUUGGGUGCUGUUGUGUCUGCAAACUACCCCAAUUGGGUCAUGGGCAUUGCAUUGUCAAUGAUAAUAGCUGGUGUUCUUCCCAUGCCGAUCGUUUUCCUCCUGCGUCGCUUCCAGAUCCUCAAAGUCGAUCUCGACAUUCACCAAGGAUCCAUUCGGCGCAACGAGACAACGGCUUCAACGAAGGAAAUGAUCGAUGAUGACGAUAAUGACUACGAUGAUGAUGAUUACAGUGGACCAGCGAUGGGUGGUCGUGUGAAUGACACAGACACAGAUGACGACGAUGACGAUGAUCAGCCGCCAACGAUGAAGCACAUAAUGCGGAAUCACCUCAACGUCCCGAAGAACAACACCUUCAGAAUGAAGAUCGUCGACUACUGAUGAGGAUCAAGAUGGCUUGGGAGGACUAAACGGGUGAAUCGAAUGCGAUAUUGUGCAUGAGUGCAUAAAAUAGUGCCAGAGUUAAGGAUAAUUAGGAAGACAAUUAGCGUUAAAGAGAGGAAAAAUAGUGCGUAGCAAUCCAAAUUCUGAUGGAUUCACGACUUUCUUGUGUUUCACUUCUUUUUCUUUUAAUCUUCAAAAUAACAAAAACAAAAAAUAACGAGCGCCAUUCUUUAUGUGUCCAUCAAAAAUAUGAUAGAAAGUGUAAAUUCUAUUAAUUUUCUUACAUGGCCAAUAAGUAAAAUAUCAUUUCCUGCUUCUAGUCAAAGUGAAAACAUUUAGUGAGAAUUUAAUCUUAGAGAGAAAAAAAGAGCUAAAAUAUCAAGUUAAAAUCUCGUAUUUAUAGCGAAUGAGAGAAACACUAAUUUAACUCACAAAAUCUAUUUAUUGGACUAAAUUAAUAUUUAUGACGAAUGGAAAAAUUGUGAAACAAUAUUUAAUACGUUGUGUGAUGGCGAUCUUGAUCGAAAGACUUCAAAAGUCUGAUUUAGGCAUAUAAGAGGACUUAAGAGAACGGACAAAACGUAUUUUAUGUAUCAAAAAAAAGGAUAAAGAAAAACGAGCAAGAAAAAAAACUUCAAUCAAUAUAUAAUCCACAAAUUGAGAGUUUUGAGUGAGUAUUUUGCAAAAAUUAUACCAAAAGGAAAGAAACUGUUUCACGCUAUUUUAUUAAGAAGUCUCUGUCUAUUAGUUUUCACAAAUUUACCUAACAUUUAACGUGAACUCGUAGUAUUACUUUAAUACAGGCUAUAUCAUUUCUUGCAAUGGUUAAAAAUCCUAUAUAAAAGAGUAUUUUAGUGUGAUGCAAAAUAGCACUUGAUUAAGAAUAUAUGACAAAAAGAAAACAUCUAAAAAAAAGGAAGAAAAAAAAAUACAAAGAGCCAAGAUAAUAACAAAAAAAAACUACGUGUAUAGAAAAUUAUGAAUUUAAUCCAAAGAAAUCAUAUUUGCUAAAUCCAAAGUUGUAAACAUUUAUUUAUUUUGAAUUUAUGCAGUAGUUGUUAAAUGAUAGUCGCGAGCGGGGAAAUCUUGAGUUCUUGACUUCCAAAUAAGUGAGGGUGUAACCCUGAGAGCGAUUGAGGAGGAAAUUUCAGCUAAAGUACGUGUGAUAUUAUUGCUCAGAAAUUAUUAUAAAGUUCAUUCUUCAAAAAGAAUUUCCCCAAUCAUUUAGAGAAGAUUUGCGUCUAUUCUUUGCAUUUGCAUUGUGAAGAGCACAAUAAGAUUGGCCCGAAAAACAGAAAGAGCAAAAUCCAAGGGAAAAAUAUUCACUACAAAUCAAGGCUUCUUUCUGUCCAAUUGCUAAAAUUGCUCUAACCGCCACAGGACAUGAUGUGAAAGAGAUGCAAAACAGGUGAACAAAUUGGAAAUCUUAAAAUAAACACAAAGAACUUAUCAAGUUGCACAGGUGAAAAUUAACAUUUAGAGAGUUUUGGUAUAGAGAAGAAGAAGAAAAAAUACUUAACGUACCUCGGCUAAGUAUUAUUAGACUUAAAACAAAAAAGGAAUAAACAACUUAUACAUAUUAAUAAAAUCUACCACUUAAGAAGUUCUAACGUGCAGCGAUUGAUGGCAAAAGUAACUUUCUUGGAUCGUGCGAUAACAUUUAGAGAAAGGAGAUAAAAAAAAUUACCACAGUUACUUUUAGUGAAGAAAUAAAGACUCAGAGUCAAUGAAAUUUAUGCAAUUCUUACGUUGAGCUUGCGAUUAGUCUCAAAGCGUAGUAAAAGAAUUUGUAGAGAGGAAAGAGAAAUCAUAAACUAAAAAGAAAAUAUCGAAAGAUGGAAAUUCAUAAACAAUUCACAUAUUUUUUUUUUAAUUUAAUGCUUGAAUCACAAGAAGUGUCGCCAAAUGAAAGACGUAAAAUCUUGUGAAUCAACCCUUAUCUUGCGAUGAAAGCCAAAUUAUAGUAUAAAUUAAUAUUUAUAUCAUUUAUUUAUUGGUAAAAAUAUAAAAUCAGAAAAAAAGAAAUAUCAUUUAAUUGAUUCAAUUGAAUCACCAGAAAAAAUUCACACCAUCAAAAGUAAACAAAGUCAAUUGAAAUACACAGAAAAAUUAAUUGUGUUUAAUUUUAGAUUUUACAGAACUACAAGAAAAAUUAAUUUAACUUUGUCUGUUUGUCAUGUUAAGAGAAAAAUAGAACAGUUUGUGUAGAGAAAAACAUUUCAGACUUGUUGCAUUUUUAGUGUAGUUUUAAUUUUUCCAAAUAGCACAAGAAGAGAGAGAGAUUUUGGUUUAUUGAUGAAACAACAAAAAAAAUAGAAAUAUUUAAGGAGAAGUGAUGAAAUUUGAAAUUGAAAGAAAAAAAUCACAACACAUAAUUAUGUUUGACAUUUCGAAUGAAUAAUUAGAUUUAAAAAAAAAAUUAGAAUGCAUAUUUAGUGAGGUAAUAAUAUUAAAAUGCUGUGAGAAAAUUCAUAUGAAUACCUUAACUAAGGAAAUCAGUAAAAGAAGAAAAACGUGUAAAAAGAACAUUUUGCAAAAUUACUUAAGACAAAAAGGAAAAA